AAAAACAAAACAAAUAAUAUUAACUUUUAUUCUACAAGCAUUGCUCGAGGUACUCUCGCGUAGGCUUACGUUUAAGGUUUUGUUUUUUUUUUAAUAAAAUUACAUUAUAAAUAAUAUUAGUAAUUCGGCCGUGCUACAUCGCAGCAAUUCAAUAUGACCGAAAUAUCUAUGUAUGCGACCGGCGUGACGUUAGCCUUUUAUUUGGCCAUACAAAUUUUCCAAAGUGGUUGUGCCGGAGCGCCUACGGUCGAAGACCAAGCAAUGGAAGAUUCUAAACGGUCGUUGUUCGAUUUCAACCACAGUACGAAUAAUGAAGGGAUUUCCGAAAUAAGAAACCAACAGCUUGCCUUUGACGAGCCUUCCAGCUUUGAAGACGGCGGCAAUUGGUCCGAAGCGAGUCCAAGAGACACCCGUUCGGUGAGCAAUGACGAUGACGAUUUCAAUUUCCCAAAUGGCAACAACAUGGUGUUCAUGCUGCCGUCGGCAAAAAAAGCCAGCGAAGAUGGAAUUCCGCUCAAGCAAGCACUUGUAGUUCUUUAGUGAAUAUUUUUAGUCGAUAUUUGUCUUUAUAAAAGCUGUUACUUUAAUACUGAUAUGUAAUAUUCUUGUUUAUUGCGAUUAAACGAUUACAAAAGCGUUAUAAAACAAA